CACAUGCUACACUGAGACUGGAUCCACUUGCAGUGCAAGCCACAAGCAAGAAGACUCCGAAGCCGAGAGUAGAAGUACCAACAUUUAUCCUGGAGCUUAGAGAGACAAAGACAAGCGAGAUCAGAGAGUUUGUUUCGACGGACUGUCUACUGGAGCUCCGAUACAACCGAUUCGUCACUCUGCUAUACACCAGUUUCUCUGGAUAUAGCAGCUAAACAAAGUUGGUAGUAAACUCUUUGGAGUUUGGUUAGAGUCACUAUUUUUUUUCUUUGCUUGUGAAAGUGGACUGCACUGAAACUUGGGAUCGACCCUCCUGGGGUCGGGCUUGGACCUGGCGCAUCUUUUCCGCUGCUUCAAACGCUGCGAAAGUUUUGGCCAGAGCGCAGAUCUGAAGACUUCGAGUCGAGUCAGACUUUGAGAUACACUCAGCAGCUGCUACCCGAGCCCAGCACCAAGACAGCUGGUCACGCCGGAUAGAGAGCCACUGACAAGACUUUGAAAGACGCGUUUCAAGCUCCCUCACUGACACAGACAUGACAGUCUGUCUGAUGCACUAAAACCUGCAAAUCCAGCAAGUUUUCAGAGGGAUUUUGAAGAUAAGUCAAAAGAUCUGAAACAAGUGCAGUAACUUGCAACAAAGAAGUCAAAGAAACAACUUGGUGAAACUAGCAAUCACAGAAAGAAGAAGAACAUCAUCCUCUACCUAAGCCGACCUAAUGGCGUGGUCAGCUCUUACCGGCCCCUGUGUGGCCUUCAUACUGCUCUUCUUUGGUUUGACCUCCUGCACUCCCUCUGGCCCAGCCUCUGCCACCUGUGCCACCCUGGAACAGAGUCGCUUCUUUGGUGUAUUCUCCUCUACGACCACCCUGCCCUCUACACCAUGCUCCUGGACCUUGCAGAACCCCGAUCCUCGCCGCUACACAGUCUACAUGAAAAUCACCAAACCCACUGACUCCUGCGUGCCCCGCCAGAUCAGGACCUUCCAGUUCGACUCCUUCAUCGAGACCUCCCGCACAUACCUGGGCAUGGAGAGCUUUGACGAGGUGGUCAGGCUGUGUGAUGCUUCAACCACUGUAACCUACCUGGAGUCAAGCAAGCAGUUCCUGCAAAUUCGCAAAGUGGCAUCAAGAAAUGGCCUGGAGAUUGUGGAAGAGGAGAAUGAUGUCAGCGAGUUCAAGGCUGAGUUUCUGGUUGUGGGGAAGAGGAACCCAAGUAUGCCUGCCUGUCAGAUGUUGUGCCAGUGGCUGGAGAAGUGCCUGUCCAGUAGCACACAUGAUUAUCCCUGUGGCAUCAUGACCACCCCCUGCCAAUGCUGGGAGGCUCCAAAGAGGAAACCAGGAAGCUGCUACAGAGGCGGUGUUUAUGUCGAAAAUUGCCUUCCUGUUCCCAAAGACAAUGGACGCGAUGCUGAGAUUAUCAGCUGGGCUGGCUGGGGCCGCUGGUCUGUAUGCAGUCAGGAAUGUGGUGGUGGAGUCCAGGUGCGCAGCCGAACCUGCCAGCCCGAGGACAGUGUGUGUGAGGGAACAGCUGAAGAAGGACGCGCCUGCAAUCCUCAGGCCUGCAUUGGCAAAGAGCGCAACAGGAGCCAGGGUCUGCGGGCCAUCAUUGGUUUAAAGAGAGACAAUGCUGAUGAUUCCAACCAGGGAGUUGGUGCAACCCAGACUGAUACUAAGACAGACGAGUGGUCAUCCUGGAAUGCAUGUUCAGUCACAUGUGGGGAGGGUUGGCAGAGCCGUACACGUGUUUGUGCUACAUCCUCCUUCACUUCCCAGUGCAGUGGACCCCUGCGUGAGAAUCGGCUCUGCAACAACACGGCCGUCUGCCCAGUGGAUGGUGCUUGGGAUGAGUGGACCCCCUGGAGCCUGUGCUCCUCCACAUGCGGCCGUGGUUACCGUGAUCGUACCCGCACAUGCAAAAUGCCCCAGAAUGGAGGAGAGCCUUGCCGUGGCCCUUCAAGACAAACCAAGUUUUGUAACAUUGCUGUCUGCCCAGUGGACGGAGCCUGGAAUGAGUGGUCUGCCUGGAGCGCAUGCUCUGCUUCUUGCUCCAACGGCACCAUGCAGAGAACACGGGAGUGCAACGGACCAUCCUACGGUGGCUCUGAGUGCCAUGGCAGCUGGAAAGAGACAAUCAACUGUUUCCUGAAAGAAUGUCCCGUUGAUGGACGCUGGCAUGCAUGGAGCUCAUGGGGCAGCUGCAGCAAGACUUGUGGUGGAGGCAUUCAGCAGAGACAGAGAGUGUGUGAAGGACCUUUCUUUGGUGGAGAACCUUGCCCUGGUGAUAAGGCAGAACAGAAGCGGUGCAAUGAGAGAAGAUGCCCUGAGCCCCAUGAGAUCUGCCCUGAGCAGAACACUGGAGAUGUUGUGUGGAAGAAAACCCCUGCCGGAGACAUGGCUGCUGUUGCCUGCCCUGCUGAUGCCUCAGGUCUGAUUCUGCGCCGGUGCACUCUGGACGCUGUAGGUCUUGCCUCCUGGGAGAACCCAACUUACAUCAAGUGUGUGUCAAAGAACUAUGAAAACAUUCAGACUCUGUCAAGGGACUAUAUCUCCAAAGCGCAGAUGGGUCAGAGUGUGGAUGGGCUCGCUGAGGUGAUUUCACGCCUGAGAUUCUCCUCUGAUGAGGGGGCCAAGUACAGCGGUGACCUCCUGGCAGUCAUGGAAAUCAUGAAAAACACCACUGAACUGUACAAGGGAACCAGGCUGAGACUGAGCAACGCUGAUGUUGAGAACUAUGUCCAGACCAUCAGCAACUUACUGAAGGAGGAACACCGUGACAAAUGGGAAGAGGCACAGCUGAUGGGUGCCAGCAUUAAGGAGUUCCUCCGCCUUGUUGAGGACUUUGUGAACAUGAUCGGUAUGCAAAUGAGCGGCUUUCAGGACAUUUAUGAAGUCACAGAGAAUUUAGUGCUGAGCAUCCACAAGCGCCCAACAACUACAAGCUCCAACUUCACCUUCCCUGUGAAGGGCUGGAGGGGCAUGUUGGAGUGGGUCAGGACCUCCGAGGAGAGGCUCACAGUGUCCCGUGAUGCUCUGUCUAUUGAACAGUCUGAUGGCAAUGAUGCUUUUGUGACUGGCAUCGUCCUUUACAGAAACCUUGCUUCUAUUCUGUCCUUCCAGAGUAAUACCAGCCUGCUCAACUCCAAAGUGGUGACAGUGAUCGUCAAGCCCAACCCAACUCUCCUGUCAUCCCCAGUUGAGAUUGAGUUCCCCCACCUCCACAAUGGCACCAUGAAUGAGACAUGUCUAUCGUGGGAUGAGAGUGAAACUUCCUCUCUGCUUGGAUCUUGGUCUGCUCGGAGCUGCAGAGCGGUCCCCGUUCAUUCAUUCAGAACCAAAUGCGUGUGUGACAGCCUCUCCACCUUCGCCAUUUUAGCGCGCAUCAACUUCGACUCGAUCAUGGACAAGGCUCAGCUCCCGUCCGUGACUCUCAUCGUUGGCUGUGGGGUCUCCUCCCUCACCCUGCUGCUCCUCAUCAUCAUCUAUGUCUCCGUCUGGAAGUACAUCCGCUCCGAGCGCUCUGUUAUCCUCAUCAACUUCUGCCUCUCCAUUAUAUGCUCCAAUGCCCUCAUUCUUGUUGGACAAACUCAGACUCGCAACAAGGUGGUGUGCACUCUCGUAGCUGCUUUCUUGCACUUCUUUUUCCUCUCCUCUUUUUGCUGGGUGCUGACAGAAGCUUGGCAGUCUUACAUGGCUGUCACUGGUCGUCUGCGCAACCGCAUCAUCCGCAAGCGCUUCUUAUGCUUAGGCUGGGGACUUCCAGCGCUGGUGGUGGCUGUGUCUGUGGGUUUCACAAAAGCUAAGGGAUAUGGCAAUGUCAACUACUGCUGGCUGUCUCUUGAGGGCGGGCUCCUCUACUCAUUUGUUGGCCCUGCUGCAGCUGUUGUUUUGGUGAAUAUGGUCAUUGGUAUUCUGGUCUUCAACAAGCUGGUAUCCAAAGAUGGCAUCACUGAUGUGAAGCUGAAGGAGAGAGCUGGGGCAUCACUGUGGAGCUCCUGUGUAGUUCUGCCUCUCUUGGCCCUCACCUGGAUGUCUGCUGUGCUGGCCAUCACCGACCGCCGCUCUGCCCUCUUCCAGAUCCUCUUUGCCGUCUUCGACUCUCUGGAGGGUUUCAUCAUUGUUAUGGUUCACUGCAUCCUGCGUAGAGAGGUUCAAGAGGCUGUAAAGUGCAGAGUAGUCGACCGCAAGGACGACGGCAAUGGAGACUCUGGCAGUUCCCUUCACAAUGGCCACACCCAGCUUAUGCAAUCUGAUAAUGAAAAGGAUGGAGAUUCAAGCAGACAAGGAAUGAAGAGUUCCUCUGAAGAGAAGAUGCCUCCUCCUCAGCUGCCACUUCCCAUGGGCUCCAACUUCCACACCCUGCCAUCCAACCCUAGUAAGAGCCACAUGCAGGCGGUUCCCGAAUAUUCCAGCCACACCCUCACCCUGAAGAGAGAGAAGAGCCGACUUGCAGGAAUCGACCCAUCUUGUGGGAAACCUGUGUAUGUCUGCGAGGGGGAGCUUUUCAAACAAAUGGAUGCCGAUCUCGCUCUGGCUCAGGUGGACGGCAGUGUCUCUGACAGCAGUGGGUACGUCCUCAUGCCCAACACUACCUCCACCUUGAGGUCCAAGCCCAAAGAUGACCCAACAAAAUACAACAUAAACAUGGAUCCGCUGCCACAAGCCAGGCUGAUGCUCCUCGGCGGGCCCUUUGCUGAGCCCCAGGCUGCCUUCGGGAUCAAGUCAAUCCCUCCCGACCAGGUCAGUGUGUCGUAUUCAGAGAGAGACUCACCCAUUCAGAACAUCCACAACAUGUCCAGCGAGUCUCACAUCACCCACAGCAGCCUGGAGAAUACCUUUGAGUCCAUGAACUCCAUGAUGUCCAAGAGUGAGACCAUCUCCACACUGUCCAUGAGCUCCUUAGAGAGACAGAAAUCUCGUUAUGCUGAGUUGGACUUUGAGAAAAUAAUGCACACAAAGAAACGCCACCAGAACAUGUUCCAGGACCUAAACAGGAAGCUACAUCAUGCUGAGAAAGAUAGAGAGUCACCUGCUUCUGACACCAAGUCUGUGAGAUGGAGUGUAUCUUCAGGAGGAAGUGACAAAACGAACCACAGUGACAAACAGCAGGCCCCUCUGGAGAGACCAUGGGAAGGAGUCCGGGGAAUACCACAGUCACCCCCUGCAUGGGUGCGCAAAGACCUGGAGCCUCUAGCUGCCUCACCUUUGGAGCUGCACUCUGUGGAAUGGGAGAAGACCAGCACUACCAUCCCAUUAGUGGGGCAGGACAUCAUCGACCUGCAGACAGAGGUCUGAGGGAUUGGAGGUGGGGUAGCUAAGCCACCUGAUGUCACCUUUGUCACCUUUUUGGUUUGGGAAUGGGAUCCUUUAUGGAUAGGGUAGAGGAAACCAAGAAAGGCAGGAAGUGGGAAAAUAGGUCCCAGAAUCAAUGUCUUCAAACCCUCAACCAGAGCAGGGAGGAGGGAAGAAAAAGAGGGAUGGAGGAGUGGAGAUGCUGGUGAUGGGAUGUUUAAUGUAGCUUCUCUGUGUGAACUUAAAGCAUCUCGUGUCCGAGUGCUCUGAAGGGCAAAGAGUUAGUGGAGUGAUCAGUGGUUUCCAUGGACCAGGACUGGCUGUGGUUCCAUUAAUGCUUCGCUGGGAGUGUCCCGAACCUUUCAGCCUGGGUUCAGAAGAUGUGGUCAACAUGUCUGUGCUUCUUUUUUCCUUCAACUCAACCUUGGAGAAAAAUAUAAUAACAUUUAGACGGUAUGUCCUCCCUGCUUCUCGGGAAGAACAGCCGGAACACUUGGCUGAUUGUCUUCUAGCCAAGUUACCUUCCGAAAUAAGACAAUGCACAAGAGCAUAAGGGACCAGUUUCAUGUUUGGUAAAUGGGCGCACACAUUUUGUUUUUGUGCCGUGAGUUAUUUUACUUUAUUUUAUUUUUUCAGUUGUGUGUUUAUUUUUACUGCUUCAUACCUGGAAGUGCUUCAUCAGUUCUGAAUAUGAGACUCACUGUACUGACAAAAUAACUCCUCUACUGGAGAUCAGGCUUAAUUAUGCUAAUAGUGCUUCUCACUGUUGUUACCACCAUGGUUAUUAUUAUUCCAGUGAUUAUUGUCAGUGUUACAAUUAUCAUUGUUGUGGUUAAUAUUGAGUUUUUUAGCUUAUAUUUUGAUUUUUCAUUCCCCUCAUGACUGUCAGGCACAAGAUUUAUUGUUUUAUAAUGUGACCUACAACAUUAGGCUCCAAAAAAAUGUAUUCAAUGCAUCUGUAAUGUGUUGUGAGCCCAUAUGAACUGCAAUGGGACAAACAUACUGAGUGGUGAUGGAGAUAGUGGUUAGUAUCUCAACAUGUCCUGGUUUCUUAAGCAUUCUGCUUCAAUACCAAAACACCAGCACCAGGAUGAACACAGACUCUUACAUAGGAAGAGCAGUGCACCCCGGGAAAUGCUGGAUGGAAUCGUGGGAUAUCGUCCCCUCUCAGCUGGCACAAGAUGCAGGCUCUUCCAUGUUGUACAUGAGGAUUCAACAAGGCAGCCAGAUCUUUCAUCAUCGCCAUUUUGUUUCUCAGCCUUGCAGGACUCUUGGACUGAGCAGAGGCUCCUGGUGCUGAUAUCACGUCCCGUGCAGCAUCGGGUCCUCAAGACUUCAACACAUUUGUGUUUUCAGCCAUCAGUGUGAAAUAGUGCAAUAUGAUGGGUGCUUGAUGCUCAAGCAAGACUGAUAUUACGAUUUAGGCAGAGUUUUUUUCUUACCAAUGUUUCAAAAUUUUUAUACCAUCUUCCUCAUAUUUACAGAGAAAAUAGAUGCUUUAUGAGAAGACUGUAUUAAAAGUAUGUAUUAGUAAUUCAAGGAAUUUAUAUUAAGACUCCAUAUUUGGAGCUCUCUGUGACAGGUAGAUAAUUGUACUUCUAUAAGGCAAACAUUAUAUAGAAUGAAUGAUAGCCUAUGAAUAUGUCUAAACUGUGCAUCAGGAUGUUUGUUAUUACUCUCUGCUGUGUAGCGAUGGGUAAUUGAAUCUCAUGUCUUCUGUAACAGUGUGUUUUGAUAACUUUGUCAGUAAUUCAACAGUAUGAACUACCAGCCAAUUCCCCUGUCCCUUCAAAUAUCUCUGUCCUGCCCACAACUCGGUUCAUACCUAGAGUUACUUCAUUGUUGAUUACACAUUUGUAUUUUGUCACAGCUUAGUUUUUUAUGUUCUGUUUUACCUCCUGUAAGUGUACAGUUUUCACAGCACAAAAUGAAUGUGACCUAUUUCUAAUAAAACACAUCUAUAUUG